UUGGCCAGGGGGGAAACGACCCGGAUACGGAUAGGUGAAUUUCAAUAUACAUUUUUUGUGUGGUGGUAUUCUAUCUUGCUCUCUCUUGCUUUUGGAAGAACUCGUAGGCAAACUAGACUCCAGCAAGUGUUUGAUGAAAACUGAACUUCCCAAGAACGCAUUUUUUGCAGUUCUACAAAUUAUACGAACCUCCACAGAGCUGACUCUGCCGGUCGAGGACGGCAAACUCAUUCCUGGUUACAACGCUGCCGCGCAAGAUGGGAACGCCUACUGGAUAACACUGACCCGGCAAUCGAUGGCGGGCUUGAGUGAUUUUGGAACCGCCAUGUUUGCGAAUGUAGCGGCCAUCAUGGGCAUCACCC